AUGAAGUUCUGUGGAGAAUUGGUAACAACCGAGAGGAUGAAGAUAAAUCGUUUCUAUGGCGUGUUAAAGGCAGAAAUUAGAGAGUUCAUCACUCCCUCAAAAUGUGAAACCCUCGAGGAGCUCAUUGAUUUAGCACGGGAUAGGGAGAUCGAGAUUAAAAGACAAGAAGAGCGAGGUGAAAAGAGACCGAGUGAAAAGGGUGCAAGUUUUAGCCCAUCUAAAAAGGGGAAGUUUCAGGAUCAAGGAAGGAAGGGCAAGUCGAAAGGUGGAAUUACACCAUGCAAGAUGUGUGGGAAGCUCCAUACCGGAGAAUGUUUGCUAGGCAAAAAGGGGUGCUUCAAAUGCGGGAAGGAGGGGCAUUCGUCUUAUCAAUGCCCGAACAACCCAAAGACUUGUUUCAACUGUUUUGAAAGGGGGCAUAUCAAGUCGGAAUGCCCGAAGCUUCAGCAAGAAUCAAAGAAAGAAGAUAAGAAACAAGAGAGUUCUAAGGUGAAGGGGAGAAUGUUUCAAAUCACAUCGGAAGAAGCCAAAUCCCAGCCGAAUGUGGUUUCAGGUAUCUUUUUAAUAAACUCAAUGCCGGUUUAUGUAUUGUUUGAUACCGGGGCCACUAUGUCAUUUAUCUCUAGUGAAAUCGUACAACAUCCUUCCUUUAAGAUUGAACGGAUGCCGAUGCCCUUAGAAGUAGAGAUAGCAGAUAGUAAAAAUUAUUUGUUGCACGAAAUAUGUAAAAAUUGUAAAUUAACCAUUGAGGAUGAGGAGUUUGCUAUCGAUCUUAUACCCAUGAUCUUGGGAGAAUUUAAAGUAAUAGUGGGUAUGGAUUGGAUGUCCCAAAACCACGCGGAGAUAAAUUGUGAAACCAAAACUAUACAUCUCCAAGCUCCAAGUGGAAGACGAUUAAAUGUACAAGGCGAAAGAAAGAUGGAAGCGAAGUUAUGUACCCUCGUUCAAGCUACCAAGUAUGUGCUCAAUGGGAGUAGAGCAUAUUUAGCUUACGUGAUAAAUACUCAAUAA